GACCUUCGAAUACCGCCGACCGCGUCUCUGACCACGUUUGUAUCUUGACCUUGGCCGGUCGAAGAGAUUCAAAUCUACACGACCAACAUAUCUCGCCUUCCAUGCCGCCAUGGCUCCCUCGCCAACACAUAUUGCCGCCCAACUACGGCAACUGGUGUAUUAUCACCUCGAUAACAACUUAUUGAAGAACGCCCUCUUCCUUGCCGGUCGCCUUGUUGCCUACGAACCUCGAUCAGCGGAAUCCGCGUACCUACUAGCCUACUGCCAGUACCAGUCUGGCUUUGUGAAGGCCGCAUGGGAUACCAGUCGAUCUUCCGGUUUGCGAGGGUCACACCUCGGAUGCAGCUAUAUCUUUGCACAAGCAUCCCUGGAGUUAGGACGCAACGUCGAUGGUUUGACGGCCUUGGAGAAAAGUAAUCACUUUUGGUCACACCGCAAUUCCUGGGGUCAACAUAAUGAAUGCAGACGACAACAUCUGCCGGACGCUGCGGCAGUUUUGUGUCUGAGAGGAAAGCUAUGGAAGGCACACAAGAACGUCGAUCAGGCGGUGGAGUGCUGGGCAUCGGCCUUGAAGUUGAAUCCCUUCAUGUGGGAUGCGUUCAUGGGCCUGUGCGAUGCUGGCGCCAAAGUCAGCGUACCGAACAUAUACAAAAUGUCUCCGGAGAUCAUCGCCUACACGCAGAUUGCUCAGCGACAAAACACGAAGAACGAGAAUGUGCCUGAUUUCGCUGCCGAAAAGAGUGGACCAUCUAUACAUGAGAAACAGACUCAUAGCAACCAGAUGAUGCCUCCGGAUCCUUUCACCUCAACACAGAAAGCCAAUGGGAACACUCAACAGGGCCAUUCAGUGCUUUGGGAGAAACUGAAUGGCAGCAAAAUAAGUGUGAAUACAGCCAGUACAAUCCUGGAUGAAGAGGGUAUGAACACUCCAUCCACGGAAGCAGAUGUGGAGGAGGGCGUCUUACAGGGCGCUGCUGUCAACCAGUAUCAUGACCCGCCGGCGGCACCUGCACGCAAAACCAAGAGUGCAACCGAAAUGCCAGCAGAUCCUCCUCCUAGGUGGAAGACCGGAUCAGCCCGGAUGAGGGCGAAAGCUAAAGGCGCCUCUGACGAUACAACAGUACUACAAGAUCCUCCACUCCCAGCUGCGCCUUUUAAGAGAACCGUUUCUGGCCAACCUGCUGCCUCGAGUCAUGCGAGUGCGAAUGGUGGGGAAGCCACCAGGAGGAGUAACCGACUCCUCAACACGACGCGACCGCCUAGCGCAAGCAGCACGGCAGGAAGCAAAAUUUCUUCAUUAGCAAACACUCUAGGUCUUCGAGAAGGACGAGAUAUCAAAAAGGCCAAGGCUCCGGCUGGCAGACCAAGAACAGCAAAUACUGCCACUGUCGGACGGGUUGUUAGUGGCAACCGGACGAGGACCGGGUCAACGGAUGCGAUGGAUGUUGAUAGCAAGGGGCCUAGGGCUGGUGACAAUAUUCCACCCGUGCCACCUUUGCCCAACGCCAAAGUGCGUGCUGAAUAUGCGGUAAACAAGGACAUUGAAGCAAUUCAGACCCUGCUGGAUCUCUUUGGACGAGUUGCAUCGGCUCAGCUAUGCUUAUCCAACUACGAUUGUCAGACGGCAAUCCAGGUUUACAACUCUUUGCCAUCAGCACAGCGCGAGAGUCCCUAUGUUCUGGCUCAAAUCGGCAAGGCGUACUAUGAGCAGGCACAGUAUGUUGAGGCAGAGAAGUUCUUCAUUCGGGUCAGGCAGCUCGCUCCUACUCGCCUGGAAGACAUGGAGAUCUAUUCCACAGUCCUCUGGCACCUAAAAUCGGAGAUCGAGCUUGCCUGUCUGGCGCACGAGCUCAUCGAGGUGGACAGGUUAUCACCUCAAGCAUGGUGUACCAUUGGCAACUCGUUCUCUCUUCAACGCGAGCAUGAGCAAGCAUUGAAAUGUUUCAAACGCUCCACGCAACUUGACCCACAGUUUGCAUACGGCUUCACGCUGCAAGGUCACGAGUACAUUUCGAACGAAGAGUUCGAAAAAGCUCUCGAGGCGUAUCGAGCUGCUAUAGCCGCCGAUGGUAGGCAUUAUAAUGCUUGGUACGGCUUGGGCAAAGUCUAUGAGAAGAUGGGCAAGUGGACGAUUGCCGAACAGCAUUAUCGGACUGCGGCCAAGAUCAAUCCUACCAAUGCAGUGCUCAUCUGCUGUAUUGGAUUGGUGCUCGAAAGGCUCAAGGAACCAGAGAAGGCGCUGCAAAUGUACACGCGAGCAUGCACUCUUGCUCCAAAUAGUGCAUUGAGUCGCUUCAAGAAGGCCAGGUGUUUGAUGAGCCUGGGCCGGCCGAGGGAUGCGCUGACUGAACUCCUCAUCUUGAGAGAUGUGGUGCCAGAUGAGGCGAAUGUGUGGUUCUUGAUGGGCAGGCUUUACAAGACGUUACGGGAGAAAGGAAAUGCUGUGAGGGCGUUUACUAUGGCGUUGAAUCUGGACCCGAAGGCCGCACAAUUUAUCAAGGACGCCAUGGAGAGUCUGGAUGAUGAUGAAGACGACGGCUAUGAUGAGGAUGAAGAUAUGGAUUGAUGAAGUACUGGUGCAUUCAUGGAUCCGUCGAGUUCAGCUUUUGGUCCGGUCUCGCACUCG